AUGACUCGAUUGAUAAUAUUACCGCUUAUAUUUAUGUUUGCAUCUUUAGCAUUAUGGACAAUGAUUUAUUCUGCACCUGGAUCAAUCUUUCUUCGAGGACCAUACGAUGAGAAUUUUUGGGAAUUGCCCGGGAAAUUUGACAAUUUCACAUUACUUACAGAAAAAUUGCGUUAUUAUAAAAGGGAUCAUUAUAAUUACAUUGUACUACUUUUUAUAUUAACUUAUAUUUAUAAGCAAACUUUUGCGAUUCCUGGUUCAUUCUUUCUGAAUAUAAUCGCUGGCAUUUUGUUUGAAUUUUGGACGGGUUUUUUAUUAGUUUGCGUUUUAUCAACAAUAGGCUCGACAUUUUGCUAUUUAAUUUCACAACUAUUCGGAAGAGAAUAUGUUUUAUAUUACUUUGGCGAAAAAGUAACAUAUCUUCAACAGAAGAUAGAUAGUAAUUCAAAUUACUUAUUGCCAUUUUUAUUAUUUGUUCGAAUGUUUCCAAUUUCGCCUAGUUGGAUGUUUAAUAUCGUUGCUCCAUUCCUAAAUAUUCCCGUGUCAAUAUUUUUAUUCUCCGCAUUUAUAGGUUUAGCACCAUAUAAUUUUAUAUGUGUACAAGCAGGUUGCAUAAUAUCAGAAUUAAAAAAUUGGAGAGAUAUUUUUGAUACAAAAACUGUUCUAAAACUUACUUCAUUUGCUUUUAUACCAAUAGCAUAUGCAUUUUUUAUAAAACCGAUAUGA